AUGGUUGACUGUGCCCGUUGUCGGCUACUGUGGCCAGAGGAAGUCUCCCUAAAGGAGGAGAUCCAGGCAAAGCACCAUGAGUGCGAGCUGAACUGUAUGAAGAAGGAGCUGGAGAAAGCUUCUGUCAAAUCUACUCCUACUGAUAUAACGUCCAUCACUGUUCGAGAGCCAAAGCGAGUCUGUUUUAAGGAGAAGUACCCCAAAGCAGAUAUUGCCUUGAUAGGCGCAGCAGAAUUCAAUCGCAGCGUGAAGAGCAAAGAGGAUGAAGUGUUCAUCACUAGUCUGAGCAAAAUCAAGAAGGCGAUUGAGGACAAAGAGCGUCCGGGUGAGGACCAUCUAGAGGAAGAGGAAAUAAAGCAACACCUUCCUGAGUGGUACCACGAGUUCGCGGAUGUUUUCUCGAAGAUUAAAUCUAAUAAGCUACCAGAGCGGAAGGAGUACAACCACAAGAUUGAGUUGGAGAAGGAGGUGGAGCUAGGAUACUGCCCAUUGUAUCGUAUGAGUGCAGAGGAGCUCUAUGCUGCGAAGGACUACAUUGUGGAGAAUCUAGACAAAGGCUUCAUUAUGCUGAGUAACGCGCUAUUCGCGUCACCUAUCCUUAUAGCUAAGAAGCCUAGAGGUAGACUCCGUUUCUGUGUUGACUACCAACAGUGUCACGGACCUGGAUCCACCUUAGUUAAACAGCGUUGUGUCGUGAUACGUUAG